AUCUCUCCCUUGACACGCCAUCCUCAUCUGCCUCUUUUGCUUCGCUCCUGCGUCCUGCGUUCGCGCGCGGAGAACCAUGGCCUCCUUGCCCAUCGUCGCUGCAGCCAACGGCGCCUCCGCCGCUGCUGCUGUUGCUGCCGAAGCAGACGUCGACUCGACUUCGUCCGUCCAGCGCGUGCGCUACGCGCUGCCUCUCUCGCGCCACACUGCCUGCGCAAGCAACAGCAACAGCAGCAGCAACAGCAGCAGCAACAGCAGCAGCAACAGCAGCAGCAACACCUGCACUUCCUCACUGCACACCAUCCCAUCUCCCGCAGGAACUCUCGCUCCUCUUCUCGCCCCCUUACUCCGCGCCUCGCACUUCGCCGCCGCGCAUCCCGCCGCGCUCGCCGCUCUCGGGCGCGCCGUGCAGGCGUUCGUAGAGGCGCUGGCGGCGCACGCGGCACAGCAGGCGCGCAGUGGCAGGCGAGUGCAGGCGCAUGAUGUGCUUGCCUCGCUCGAGGCGCUGGGGCCUCAAUACUCGGCCGCGCACCUCAGAGGCACGCUGAGGCGCGCAAAGACGCGGCAAAGGCAGCAGCAGCAGCAGCACGACGACGACGACGCCAACGCGAAAGGCGCAUCCAGCGAGGCAACAGCGACGGCGACGGCGGCCGAGGCGGCGAUCAAGCUGCCAGAAUGGGCAGAGCCAGAUGCGUCUUUCCUGGCGCUUGCGCAGCAGCAAGAGGAGGAACCCCGAGAGCGAGAGUCGGCCGCAGCACGAGGCGAGGCGGCGCCCGUGGCGCAGGCCCGCAGCAGCAGCAGCAGCACCAGCAGCAGCACCAGCAGCGGCAGCGGCAUCGACGCGCACGCCGAGAUUCCGAAGCAUCUGCCGCCUUGGCCUGCGCCACAUACGUGGCGCGAGACUCCUGCAUUUCCACAAGCUCCCUCCACCUCGCUCGGGCCUCUGGCACUCGUCGAGCUCAAACUGGCCUCCUCGAGGCUCGUACAAGCGGCACUGGCACGACUCAUCCAGCAAACAGACGCCGCCGCCGCCGCCGCCGCCGCCGCCGCCGGUAGCGCUGGUGCUUCUGCUUCUGCUGCUGCUGCUGCUGCUUCUUCAUCGGCAGCAGAAGCUGCGCCGCCCAGCCACAGCAACGCUGCAGGCGCCGCGACGUUGCCGACGCCGGCUGGGCAAGCUUCCUCGCCGCCGCCUGCUACGACGGCGAGGACACGCUCCCUGUCCGGCAUCGCCGCCGCCGCCGCUGCCGUCGUCUCUCCCCCACUUUCUGCGACUUUGCCCUCCUCCUCCUCCUCCGCCAUAGAGGGCGCCGCAUCUUCGGGCGCCGGGAGCACGCCCAGCGGCGAGCAGCCUCGCAAGCGCACCAAGCUGGCGCUGCGUCUGCGGACGGGAGGAGGAGGAGGAGGAGGAGGAGGAGGAGGAGGAGGCAGUGCUUCCCUCGCCAGCGCCACCGGCAUUCCCUCUACGCCAGGCGGCAGCGGCAGCGGCACUUCUAUGGCUCCGCCCCUCGCCACGCCUGGCCUUUACAGCGCCAUGCCAGCGAGUGCCGUGCCUUUGACGUCCGCUUGCAUGGCCUCUCCCAUGCCUCCUCCGUCUCUCUCCUCCACUCGUCGGCGUUCCUCCUCCAUUCUUCCCUCUCUCGCCGCCGCCUCGUCGUCGUCGUCGGCGCCUCAGACGCCUCGCGCCUUUGUCGUCGGCAGCAACACGAGCUACUUUCCGCCUCCUUCCUCGGCACUCCUCGCCGGCGACGCAGCAUCAGGCGUAGGCCAUGCAACAGAGGCAGGCACGCCCGCGGCGAUGGCUUCUUCGCCAUUUGCCUAUCCGCCCACGCCGAUGGAUCUCUAUGCGCAUCGGCCAUCCAUCUCCACUGCCAUGGGCGCAGCAGGCGCAACGGCGCAGGAAGCACUGCCAAAGCCCGUCAACUAUCGUGCGCAGGCGGGCGCAAAGAGGUUGUGGGGCGUGUGAGGCUGGUCCACGCGGCGGGCUGUGUGUGGAGGCGAGAGAGAGAGAGAGAGAAAAGGGCGCGCCGGGUAGGGAUGAGGGAAGCCCGCGG